AUGAAUGAACGGACUGUAACUUCCCUACCCCACACAAUCGAAGAACUAGUUGACGGAAUUCUCGUGCAAACUGAAGAAGAUGACGAUUCUCUUGACGUUAGCACGAUACAUAAAGAAAAAUCUGAACUCUUGGAAGAAGUGCGUAAAGUAAAAGACGAAAUACAAGGAUUAGAGGAAAAGAUUAGUUUUACACGACGAAAGAAACGAAUGAUAUUGUCGAGAACUACUAAUACUAGCAGUGGUAGUAAGAAUACAAUACAAGAUGAUCGUAUGGAUAUUGAUGAAGAUGAUAGUGGACAGUUUAAUAAUGCACAACAAAGAACAUACAUAGAAGAGGAGGAAAAAAAUUACUCGCCAGCUUCAAUAAAAAGAAUUUAUGAGACCGAUGAUCAAAUCAAAAGACUGGCAUCAUUCACAAAAAUAAAAUUCACAAAAAUUUCGAAUUCACUUGUAUCAGCAACUAACAUCAAUAACGAUAAUGAAGAGCACGUAUUAAGGCGGUACACUUACUUUGGCACUACAUAUGGACUCACAUUCUCGUUGAUCUUUGAUGUUGAUGAGACAAACGUUUGUGUUAAAAAGACGUGGGUCAAUGUCGGGUUUGGUGCUAAAAGCGAGCUUGGCAAAUUUAUAGAAUUUGUAGAACGUGAGAACAAUAUCCAUUUAUUCUUCAAAGGCCUCAUAUCUUAUGCUCGACUAAAUCAGCAACGCACGCGUCUAUUUGAAGCGCUUGAGCGAAAAUACCGUCGGUCGUUAUUGGUUUCAUCAUCAUCGUCCACAAAUAAUGGAUAUUUGGAAUCUGAGAAAAAACGAGACUUUGAUGAUAGUGUCCUGGACGGUGGAAUUACAACAUUCCUGCGAUUUAACGAUAUGAUAAA